AUGGUGAAGUUCUUGAAGCCGAACAAGGCGGUGAUCGUCCUGCAAGGCCGUUACGCAGGUCGGAAGGCCGUGAUUAUCAGGACCUUCGACGAGGGAACCAGGGAGCGCCCCUACGGCCACUGUCUGGUCGCCGGAAUCAAGAAGUACCCUAGCAAGGUCAUCAAGAAGGACUCCGCGAAGAAGACGGCGAAGAAAUCGAGGGUGAAGGCCUUCGUGAAGCUCGUGAACUAUCAGCACCUCAUGCCCACGCGCUACACGCUCGACGUGGAUCUCAAGGACGCCGUCACCCCCGACGUUCUUGUCUCCAAGGACAAAAAGGUCACCGCUCUCAAGGAGACCAAAAAGCGCCUCGAGGAUAGGUUCAAGACUGGCAAGAAUAGGUGCCUUCUUCCCGUAAAAAGUGUUGGCCGCAGGCUAAUUGAGCGUGUAUCUACAUAUUACAACUACGUUUCGGAGUAUGAGCAGCACGAGAUCUAUAACUCUACUAUAAAAGAGAUUGCGCGGGGUUUAUGCCAGGAUCUUAGCUUUGUCAAGCCUUCUAUUUUGCCUGCAGACAACGAUGGCCUGAAUGAAGGAAAGGAUGUCAAUGUUAUCCCAAAAAACAUCAUCUGUCAGGACAGAGUAGGGAUAGUUGUAAUAGAAGAAAAUGUUGAUCAAAAGGUUGGUGCUUCUCCUGAUAAUCACGUUAGGAUAUCUUCCAAAAACUCACUGGUUAUCCGGAUUCUUGUUGAUGGCAACUCUGGUAAUAACCAAGCUGGUGCAUACCGCAUUCUUGCCGAGGAUUCUGUUAUGGACACAUUGGACGUACACAACGAUCAUACUAGCCCAUUACCAAAUGUGAUAGUUGCACAAGAUCUCAAGGUUGUCUCUAAGCUUGGACUGACAUGA